GGAAGAAGGCGAGAUCUGAAUAAAUAGUAUAACGACUCUGAUGGCGACAUCCUGACAGUAGUAUGCCAUUCGGUGUCGCCGGCGGUGGGUCUAGCAGCGCGGCGGGGUCAGCUCCGUAGGUGGAAAUCCUGGCCCAUAGAUCCGUAGGUAGGUUCCUGACCCACUGCGGGUGGGGCUCCGUAGUCGAAGCGCUCCGAUUCGGCCGGCCGCUGAUCAUGCUGUCGAUCCACGUCGUCGAUCAGGGCCUGAUCGCCUGGACGUUCGCCGAGAGAGGCGCCGGAGUUGAGGUCACGAGGGACGAGGAAGACGGGUACUACUCCAGCGAAUCCGUCGCCGAAUCGGUGCGGGCGGUGGUGGAGGAGAAAUCCGGGAGGCGGUACAGGGACAAAACGAAGGAGAUGAGGGUGGCGGUGUUCGGAAAUACGGCGGUGUUCUGGGGGAUGGCGUCGGCAACAGGGGAGAAGAAUCGAGUGAGGAGAGAAGGGUAAGGUUGGGGUAAUGAAUGAUUUAAUUUAAUUUUAAUUUAUUAUUUUUUGUGAGUUUCCGUUUUUACCCAUGUUGUUACUCUAACAACACUAUGAGUAUUGUUAUAGUAUCCAGACCCGAUUGUUAUAUAUUUUGAUGUUUUGUUGUCCUUUAUCACUAGCAUAGGGCUCGGCCCGUUGGUCGGAAGAAUUUUGUCGAGAAAUAUGGUAUAUAAUAAUGGAUAUAAUAGAUGAUUUGAAAUGCAUGAUUUUCUAUCUUAGUUAUGCACAUAACAUUUUUGAAAGUGAUCCACCUAUGCAUAAUGUGUUUAGAUCUCCAUGAAAAGAGAAAAAAUAUAAUAUAAGCAUUACAUAUAAUUAUUGAAUAAAAAAAGAAUAUAACUAAUUGUCAUUCAUAACUUAAUUAAAUUAUAUAGUUGAAUAUUAUAGUUGCUUCUCAUAAUACAUACAUAUAUACAUACAUACAUAAUCAACCUUUAGGAUGAAAGAAAAUGUCUCAUAGAGUUUAGUAUGUCCUUUAAGUUUUCCCCAAUAGAGAGCGUUCUUUUUUACCACACUGUUGGUAAUGAAUAUGAAUUUGCUUGAUUUGAAAUAUAUAAGACAUGAUGCUAAGUUAUCGCUCAUAGUUAGUUGGACAAUGUGUUGUGUACGGAUUUCCCAAAUUAUUCUCAUAUUAAAGACAUGUCUAGCAACAAUGUAGUAAUUUUCAUGCAGCAAAUAUGUUUUUUUUUUCAUGAAGUGAUUCAGUAAAUAAAAACAUAUGAAAAUAAUAUUACAUGAAAUAUAUGUUACUCAUUAAGUUGAUGAAUGAGCGAGGGUAUGAGUAGCAUACAUUUAUUUUAAAAUAUAGAAGUUGCGAAGUGUCUUUUGGGUUGUAUGAAAUCACAUAUUCUCAUUAUCACUAAAUGACUUAUGCUUUUUUGCAAUAGAUAGUUCAAAAUGUGUCUUAAAAUUUUGUUUCCACCAUUGUAAAAGAAUUGUUUGAACCAAAGGAUUGUAAAUCGUAUAAAAAAGUUGGCAGUAGAGUAUUUAAUACUAAAUUUAUAAUUUAAUAAUGGUUCAACCGUUUCAUAUUGUUAAAUAUCACAUAUCGGUUUAGCCUAUGAUGUGAAGUUUCAUGGUCUAACCACCGGUACAUACGAUCUUUUAAUACAAACUUUAAAUAAAAACCACUAAAAUAUUGACAUUAUCAAAUACCUCUUAAAUCUCAGAAAUUACAAUAAUCGUAUUAAGGAAAAAAUCUUCCAAAUUAUACUAUUGAUUUAGGAUUUUAAAUUGAAAUAGAAAAAAUAUGUAAAAUAUAAUGUCAUCUCCUAAAAUAAAUCAAAACUCAACAUAAUAGGGCCAAGAAUAUCUACUAAUCAAAGCACAAUGACAAUUAUUUCACACUACCUCAUUUUCCUCCUCUUUUAAAUGUGUCCUCUCACUCUUUAUUUGUCUUCCUCUUUGUUUUUCCAUUUGUUCUUCCAUCUCUCUCUCACAACUUUGUAUCUCACAACUCUUCCCCUUUUCCCUUCCUCUUUCUUCUCACCGCCUGGAAUCGAGAGAAACCUAGAAACAACCCAAUUACUUCUUCAAUUUUGCGUUCGAAAUGCUUCUUCUCCAUUCACAAUUGAUAGUGUGACUCAGAGCACCUGAAACCUGGCGAAUAGAUGGUCGCUUAUUCAUCGACGGAGCAAAGUAGCUUGAUAGCUUGUGAAUAAACUAAUUAUUAAAAG